AAACAUGGCGUGCAUUCAUUGUUGGAAUAUAUAGUAUCUGUUAGGAUCCUGGCAAGAUGCUUUUGGUUUAUGAUUUAGCUUAUGAUUUGGUGAGGAACAUUUCUGUUGCUUUGGAAAAACAAGCUGUUUUAAAGAAGAAAAAAGAGAGUGAAGACAGCAAUGGGUACAAUGCGAGCCAGAAGCUAUGUUUUUGAUAAAGAGGAAAUAUUAUCAGAGGGAAGAAACAAGAGAGCGCUGGAGGUUAACUCAUCAGUCAGCUUGAAAACAAGGUUUUCACAACCGAGAUGGCCACCUUUGACAACACAAUAACCAACCUCACCAACUUCAGUGACUUAUACUGUCCCUUUCAAGAGGAUUUUAAAUAUAUUCUUCUUCCUGUCAGCUAUUCCCUGGUCUUUGUAAUCGGCCUCGCUCUGAACACCACAGCGUUGUAUGUGAUUGUGUUUCGCACAAAGCGCUGGAAGCCCUCCACCAUCUACAUGUUCAACCUGACGAUGUGCGACACACUCUACAUCCUCACUCUGCCCUUCCUCAUCUAUUACUAUGCAGAUGAGAACGACUGGCCCUUCAGUGAACCGUUCUGCAAGAUCAUACGCUUCCUGUUUUAUGCAAACUUAUAUGGUUCCAUUCUGUUCCUGUGCUGUAUUAGUCUGCAUCGCUUCGUUGGCAUCUGCUAUCCGGUGCGCUCCCUCAACUGGGUCAGCGCUCGCCAGGCCAAGCUGGUGUCUGUGGCCGUGUGGGCCUGUGUCUUAUUCUGCCAGGCACCUAUUCUCUACUUCUCAAGAACUAGGGAUGUGGAGAAUGAACGGAUCUGCUAUGACACCACCAGCCCAGAGCUUUUUGAUGACUUCUUGGUAUACAGCACAGCCGUGUCCGUGCUCAUGUUUGCCCUGCCGUUCAUGGUGGUGAUGGUGUGCUAUGGCCUCAUGGUGCGGAAGCUUCUGGAGCCUGGCUGGGGGUCUGAAGGUGGCUCUCUGGGAGCACAACGCACCAAGCAGAAGUCAGUGAAAAUGAUCAUCAUCGUCUUGGCAGUGUUCAUGCUCUGCUUCCUGCCUUUCCACCUCACCAGGAGUCUUUACUACUCAUUUAGAUACCUAAGGCAGGUCGAUUCAACACAGAUCAGCUGUAGGUUGUUGGAAGCCUCCAGUGUGGCCUACAAAGUGACCAGACCUUUGGCCAGCGCCAACAGCUGUGUGGACCCCAUCCUUUACUUUCUGGCUGGGCACGACGCCCGCAGUACCCUCAGCAAGAAAAAGCCGUCUUCAUCUAAAUCAAGAAGGGUGGGCCGAACCUUAACAACAGAACUCUGAUCCUAUGCGUGAAACAAUUUUUGGAAGAAAGCUGAACAUUGUCAGGACAACAAUGACAGUUCUUAUUGCAGGUUUCUUUUGGUUGACGCAGCACCACAUCCACUGACACAGAUUUCAUUCAGAUUUGCGUAACAAAUAGAAAUGCAUGUUCAGAUUUGACCAAAUCAAAUAUGGGCAAUACAGUUUUAAAGAAUUUAACUUAACAUCUAAGUUGUGUUGUUCAUUUAAUGGACUUAAACAGAUAUUUUGUGUUUGCUAUGUCUGAAAAAGUAUAGUGAGAGGAAGUAAAUAAACUACACUGUGCUUUGCAGCUGUACAUUUUUUAGUAAAGGUCCUACUGGACAACUGCUGCACCUGAUGUUUUUGAAUAGACAGAAGUGGGUUUACCUCUGCUCACCUUUCUUUUCACAUAUCAGACAAAGAACGUCAAAAUAAUGAGUCUGUGGCUUUUAAAAUGAAGACGCAAAAUGACUCACGCUUGUCAAUGUGUUUGUAAAUAGUUGGCGAAACAGCAUGUCUCUUGAAGUGAGCAUACAACUGGAAAAACAAGACUUUGAUUAUACUGUACGAGUUGCGAUUUUUUUU